AGAGGCGAAAGUAACCCGGAAAAACGUUGCCAUGACGUCAUGACGUAGACGCCGUUUUGCAGCGUUUGUUCCACCCGAAAGGAAAAUACAAAGCGUGUUUAGCCAACUGUCAUGAAACACAUUCCUGAGCAUUGCUGAAGGGAACCGUGCCGGUCGUUAACGAGAGGUUCAACACCAUGUCUACGGCUGAGCCCAUCAUCUCGUCGAGACAGACGCAUAAAGAAAUCAAUGGCAUCACCACACAAGUUGUCUGCACAGAGUUCAGUAAUUACAUGUUUAUUGUCAUAACACAGUACGGUAAAAUCGGAACGCUGGUGUCCGUCACCCCUGAGUCCAGGUGCGAUGACUUCAGCAAUCCAAUGUUCUCCACCAAAGUGCUGCUGGGAAAGGAUGAGCCACUGACGCACGUGUGUGGCAAAAACCUGGGAACAUUUGUGUGCCAAGAAGCCGGCAACAGGCCCAUCUUACUGGGACUGGCACUCAAGGACUCCUCAAUAGAUGCAAUUAAGCAAAUGAAAGAGCUCAUCAAAAGCUGUAAAGUUUGGUAGAAAAGUUGCAAAGUGGACAGGAGAAUGCCCCAGAAUCUCCCUUUUAGUAGUUUGUUUUCAUGGAGUUGGAUGUUUUUAAAUAUAAAAAUGACACUUACUGUUUUUGUCAUUUGCUAUGUGAACAUGAUUCAUAAUAUCGUACUGUUCUGUCGCAAUGUAAAUAUCCUAAAGCAUCUCAUGGUAAGACAUUGUCAAUAAAAUGUGUCACAGAUGA